AUGGAUCAACCGUCGGCGUAUGAGCUUCAGCAGGAUGUGGCCCCAUUAUCCCAGCGUUCAAUAGGCGCCGACAUGCCAGAUACUGCGUACCACGCCACACCCGUUCAACCCCGUGAUGAUAUCCCGCACUCGGACACAUUGCCAUCGGCAUUUCCAGAGCCGCCUGCAAAACAACGAGGCAAGUGGCGAAGCACCGCUAUACUGGUUGCUCUUCUGCUCUCCCUCUUCGUCUCUGCUUUAGAUGCUACUAUUGUCGCCACGGCAGCCUCCGUCAUUACCCACGACUUGAAGUCGGCGAACGGUUAUGUCUGGAUUGGUGGUGCAUAUCUCCUGGCCGACUCCGUUAGUGGCCCCGUCUGGGCAAAGGUAUCGGACAUCGUUGGGCGCAAGAUAGUCCUGCUCACCGCCAUAGCCAUCUUCUUUGUGAGCUCGAUCAUCUGCGCAACUGCUCGCACCAUGCAGACUCUGAUUACCGGGAGAGCAAUUCAAGGCUCAGGUGGCGGAGCCAUCUUCCUGCUUGUACAUAUUAGCAUCAGCGACAUGUUCAGCAUGCGCCGUCGAAGCUUCUUCAUGGGCUUGUGCGAAUUUGUCUGGGCUCUUGCUGGCGGUGUCGGUCCUAUACUUGGUGGUGUCUUUGCAAGCUUGGUCUCAUGGCGGUUUUGUUUCUGGAUAAACUUGCCAAUCGCCGGCACAGCCUUCAUUCUUCUUCUGUUCUGCUUCGAUCUCAAACAUGAGAAAACCUCGUGGUCGACUGGACUAAAGGCAAUCGAUUGGUGUGGAAUCUUUACCUUCCUCGGGUUUGCGGUCCUCAUCCUGCUCGGACUCAAUUUUGGCCCCAUUCUGUCCUGGGACUCUCCCACGGUGAUCGCCAUGGUUACCAUUGGCGGAGCAUUUAUUUUCGCUUUUGCGUAUAGCGAAUCUCGACUGGCCAAAUAUCCCAUCAUACCGCUGGGACUGUUCAAGAGCCGCACUACGGGCGGUCUUAUCUCCGGCGUCAUCAUCAGCACGACUGGUCAGUUCCUGGAACUCAUCUGGGUUGGCUCGAUUAUCCUUUGCGCGGGUGCAGGCUCCUUUAUCUCGUUCAAUGAGAACACCUCGACAAGCCCCCCUAUCAUCGCCAUCCAAACUUCGGUGUCCCAGCAAGACAUUGCCUCCGCCAUCUCCACGUUUUCGUUUACACGUUGCGUCGCGCUAGCCGUCUCAAUCAUCAUCGGUGGCGUCGUUUUCAACGAAUCGAUGCAAAAACAACAUGACAGCCUGGAAUCAGCAGGAUUGCCUGCGGACAUCCUUGAACGUCUCUCUGGGAAGGAGGCAGCUGCCAAUAUAGAUCUUUCAAAGCAACUGACUGAUUCUAUGCAGGUGCUGGCCGUGAAGAAUGCAUUCGCUUGGAGCCUGAAUCACAUGUUUAUCAUGUACACCUGUGUAGCCGGCUGUGCGCUUGUCUCUGGCUUAUUUGUGCGACGGGCGCAUUUGAAAAAAGAACAUGUCGAGACUGUAACAGGAAUCAAGGAAGGCUAA